CUGCCCCUGCCCCACCCCCUGGCCCCGUCUGGCUGCCCUGCCCUGCUCUGCCCUGCCCUUCCCGGCCCCAGCAGGGCGGGCGGCCUGAGCCCAGGCAGCGACAUGAGGAGCCCCUGCCCCGUUGCCAGCCCGGUGGCCGCUGCGCUAGCUGCUGCUCUCUCUAUGCUGGGGAUGUCGUCCUACAAGCGGGCAACGCUGGAUGAGGAGGACCUGGUGGACUCCCUCGGGGAGGGCGAGGUGUACCCCAAUGGCAUUCAGGUGAAUUUCCGAGGCUCCAGGAAUGGCCGUAGUUGCUGGAGUGAGAGAACCCACGUCGAGAAGCGCCUCUCAGUGGUGAUUGGUCUUUUGGUCCUGGGGCUGUUGGCAUCCUUGGGGGUCUUGGCCUUCCAGUACAAAACAAGACCUCCUGCUCUGUGCCUGAGUGAAGCUUGCAUCUCAGUGACCAGUUCCAUCCUGAGCUCCUUGGACCAAACAGUGGACCCCUGCCAAGACUUCUUCAGCUAUGCCUGUGGGGGCUGGAUUAAAGCCAAUCCUGUGCCUGAUGGCCACUCACGAUGGGGGACCUUCAACAACCUCUGGGAGCACAAUCAAGCUAUCAUGAAGCAUCUCUUGGAAAAUGCCACUGCCAGCACCAAUGAGGCUGAGCGCAAGGCUCAACAAUAUUACCAAGCCUGCAUGAAUGAGAGCAAGAUCGAAGAGCUGAAGGCGAAGCCCCUGAUGCAGCUGAUCGAGAAGCUUGGUGGCUGGAAUAUCACAGGCCAGUGGGACAAAGACAACUUCCAGGAGAUCCUGCAGGUGGUCACUGCUCACUAUCGUACUUCCCCUUUCUUCUCUGUUUAUGUCAGUGCCGACUCAAAGAACUCCAACAGCAAUGUGAUUCAGGUGGACCAGUCUGGUUUAGGAUUACCUUCGAGAGAUUAUUAUCUGAAUAAGACAGAAAAUGAGAAGGUCCUGACAGGUUACCUGAACUACAUGGUGCAGCUGGGCAAGCUCCUAGGAGGGGGAGAUGAGGAAUCCAUUCGUUACCAGAUGCAGCAGAUCUUGAACUUUGAGACGGCGCUGGCCAACAUCACCAUUCCCCAGGAGAAGCGCCGAGACGAAGAAGUCAUUUACCACAAAAUGUCUGCAGGAGACCUACAGGUGAAUAGUCUGCCUCUUCUAGCAGAAUAUAGCAAUGGACCCCUUCCUCUCCUUAUUUGGCCCCUGUUGGGCUUCUUUUAG